CAAUCAUUCUGAUUGGUGCAAAAUACAAAGGUGCAAAAUACAAGGAGUCAGUUUGAUGACUGCUCAUCAAAACCUGUCGAAAUUGGAGAGGAUAGUCCUGCCGAAUGAUUCAACGAUUUUAUAUUUUAUCCGAAAAGACUUUUGAAAUCCAUCGUUUUCGCUGGUCAGGUCAGCGUUGCUGAGAAAAUCCUCAACUACAAGCGGGCUUAAAUUUUGCGUACUAAACACAAAAGAGAACGUCUUUCAAUCGAUUCUUCUUCUUCGUACGGUAAGAAAUGUAUUGUUCUAAGUUGCAGUUCGAAGAGAUUUUUCGAACAAUUAGGCAUUAUAAAUAUGUAGUACAACACGCAUGACUUGAUAUCUUGUCAAAUGAGUGGUUUAUGUAAAUUUCACAGGUGAAUGAUGAAGCCACAACAAGCAAGAUUGGCAAAAAAAUUGGAGAAUAAACCGAUCUGGCGUCGUUAUAUCAGUUAUAUCAACUUUCCAAAGCUAGGUCAAUACAUUGGCCUUUCCUUGGGCCUCUGGUUUGCUGGUAGAUAUAAUUUUAGUUCAGCAUGGCUAACCCUGGGUCUUCUAGUGUUUGUCUGGUGGGAUUUUGAAACUAGGGAAAAGAGACUCAGGCGUAAACGCAUUCAGAAAUCAGUUAGUGUUACUGGUGUGAAGAUGGAUAAUCUACCUUCUUGGGUGUUUGUUGAAAGCUCAGAACGUGUUGUAUGGAUGAAUAACAUGAUUCAUCAUAUGUGGCCGUACAUUGGUGCCAUGGUGAAAAAAAUCAUAAUAGAAAGUGUUGAGCCUAUGAUGCAAGAUUGUCUUCCUUGUAGCCUGACUUUUGAAACUAUUUCAUUUGGUCAGGUAGCACCAAAAAUAACUGGCAUCAAUUCGUAUGCACCAGAGGAUUCACCGGAUCAGUUCAUUCUUGAUUUGGACCUGCUCUAUGAAGGUGAUGCCAAGAUCAAACUCUCUGUGAAAUCUGUUAGCAUGGGUGUGUCAGAUAUCCAAGUUCGUGGCUUGCUAAGGAUCAUUAUCAAGCCUUUUGUUGGUGAGCCCAAUCCAGUUGGUGGUAUCACAGUGUUUUUUCUAAAUCGUCCCAAAAUAAAGUUUGAUCUCAUUAAUUUAUUGAAUGUGCUGGACAUUCCUGGCCUGAAAAGCAAACUGAGAAGUGUUUCUGAAGAUGUAAUUUGCUCGAUCAUGGUGUUACCCAAUCGCAUUGUAGUACCUUUGUCACCUGAUUUAAUUGCAGAUGACAGUGAUCUACGUUACCCAAUUCCUGAAGGAGUUGUCAGGAUUGGUGUCAUUGAAGCAAAAGAAUUGAUCAAAAUGGAUUCAGCCCUCAAAGGUGGUGCAGCCGAUCCAUAUAUAAACAUUGAAAUUGGAGCACAAGUAUUUCGCACUAAAACCUGUAAAAAUACACUCAACCCAGUUUGGAAUGAAGUCUAUGAUGCCUUUGUGGAUAAUGAUGAGGGUCAGGAAAUCACAAUGCAAAUGUAUGAUGAAGAGAAGGCAUCCAAAGAUGCAAAAAUGGGAACACUUGAAAUUGAUAUCACCUCAGUCGCACGCCAUGGAAAAAGGGAUCUUUGGUUACCAUUAGAUGGAGUAAAAAGUGGUAUAGUUCACUUGAACCUUUCUUGGUAUAAGCUCAGUUCUCAAGUAAAGGAUCUGAACCAGCACCAAUCACUAUCCACUGCUCUCCUUAUGGUAAAAAUUAAAGAAGGCAAGAAUCUACCAAAUCCACUGAAGUCAAAAGAUAAUCCAGCAGUGUUUUGCAAAGUUACUGUUGAAGAUUCAGAAAAGGAAACUCACCAUGCAGGACCAAAUGCUGAGACCCAAAUCAUUGCAUGGAAACAGGCAUUGAGAUUCUUGGUUAAGGACCACAAGACUUCUUCCAUCAAGAUUGAGGUAAUUGAAAGUAAAGGUACCAAGAUUCUUGGCAAUGUUGUUGUCCAUUUGACAUCAGUUGCUGAUGCAAAUGAGAUGGUCUUGGAGAAGGAAUUAAGCCUUAAUGAAUCAGGAGAUAAAGGUAGUCUGGCAUGUAAGUUUACCUUGAGGGCUCUGGUCUCAGGUACAAAACAGACAACUGGAGUGAGACGCAAACGUACUGUACGCUACUCUGAGCGUUCUUCUGAAUCUGAUUCACCUCCUACUGUGCCGAAAUUGACGGUAAACGACGAGUUAGAUGCGUUAAACAAGUCGGACGACAAUCAUUCCACAAGCUCAUCUCCUCGGGGUAGUAUAUACGAAAUCAGCAGCGGAGGAGGAUCACACGAGAAUCUUGUCAACUUUGGUCAACUUGAAUUAUCCCUUAGUUACAGCCAUGUUCGAAAUUGUUUAGAGGUUGUCGUCCACGCAGCUCACAAUCUUCCACCCAAGGAAUCCAAGAAAAAGACCAGUCCCUACGUCCGCCUGUACCUGUUACCUGAUCGUUCAAAAAAGUCGCGCCGUGUGACCACCCCCAAGGAAGGCACCCUUGACCCGGUUUUUAACGAUAAAUUUGAGUACAUCACCUCGCUGGAAGCACUCCAAGAUUGCACUCUGGAUGUUGCAGUGAAAAAUGACAAAUCCAAGUUUACAUCUCGUCGUAAGAGAAACUUCAUUGGUCAGAUUAGAAUUCCCUUAUCGUCGAUUGAUCUUUCCAAGGAGCAAAGAGUCACGUAUGACUUGGUAAAAUGGACACCAUGUUGAACUGGCGAUAUGAAAUAAAUGCUUGUUGCACAAUACUUUAUUGACUUUACUUUUAUCGCUAGAACAUUUUACACCAUAUGUUGGAAAUGAAAGGUUUAAAAAUGAUUAAAAAUAUACUUAUUUUCGAA